AUGCAGUCCUUCAAUUUAUCUGACUCUGACAUGGAUGCUGACGAAGCUGAUGGCCGAGUUGAGGAUGAGGGACAAAAUCAGCCUGGGGAGCUUGCUAUGACGGAAAAGAAGGAGAUAUGGGACGCGUCUGUUGGAAGUAUGGUUGAGGUUCUGAAUGAUGACGUGUCACGACUUUGUUGGCGGCCGGCUGAAGUCGUUUUCUCAAGGCUGCUGGAGGUCAAAGUGCGCUACUUCACUCCCAGAAGCAUUUCUGGCGAAGAUAAGGAGGUCCUGGAGAUAUCAAGCCCAGACACUUUAAAUCAAAAUGGAGUUUCCUCAACCCUAGGCUUCCUCAAGUACCUUCGUGAAAUUGUUUGGGAAGCAUUGCAGAGAGAAGAAUCAUGUGACUCUGAACAGGAAAAGUUGAUCCCUAAGUCCACGAGCAGGGUGGGUGACGUGAUCACUAAGCAAAUGUGGGAAGAGUACAGCUCUUGCACGCCAGAAGGGAGCUUGUCAUCAGACUUGGCAACACACCAUAAAACUCCAACAGAGGCCACUGUGCGAAACUUGUGCCAGGAGAGCCAGCCGGCCGUUGUCACCAAACUGGCUGCAGAUAGGAUUGUCUACUAUUCUCGAAAGUCCUCCUCCUAG